UAUAUGUAUAAACUGUUAUUGUCUCGUCGUUUCCUAUGGCCACGACUCUAUCUUCGGUGGAACGGCAAAACGCCAUGAACAGCCAAAAAUUGCUCUCCGUUCCGUUUUUCUCCGUCCCUGAAACAUCUCAAGUAACCGAAACUUUUCGGUUCUUGACCGACUCAUCCUCGUUCUCUCCGCCUCUUUUUGGUCCUCAGUACCCGUUCUCUUCAGGUUUCUCCAUUAACCACCUUGACCCAACAUGCUACUGUCCUGUUUCGGCCGAUAUGUCGGCUGUUCUUUCACAUUCUUGUUUAAGUGAGAGAACACCACCUGAAGUUGACAAGAAAGGAACCGAGAUCCAAAACGAAACGCCACCGGUUCUUGAUGGAAUUGCCGCUGUCGUUGGUCAACAUGUCCUGUUUGGAACUAAUGCUAACGUAAAUGCUAGAAACCCUGAACCUCCCAUUUCUCUGCAUACUGGGUCCCAGACCAAGCAUGAAGGUGACAACCAGCGGAACGGCAGCGUUAUGCCCUUGCAAAGGAGCUACAGAGGCGUAAGAAAGAGGCCUUGGGGAAGGUGGUCAGCAGAGAUACGUGACCGUAUAGGGCGGUGCCGCCACUGGCUGGGAACGUUCGACACUGCAGAGGAGGCGGCGCGUGCCUAUGACGCGGCGGCGAGGAGACUGAGAGGUGCAAAAGCCAGGACAAACUUUGAAAUUCCUUCCGUGCUGCCCAUUCCAUCGCCAACUUCUUCUGGGUCUUCCACAGAGUUGAGAAAGAGAAACAACAAGGCAAACAAUGGCGCCGGAAGAAAGUGUGCAGUGGUUACUUCGGUGGCUCAUUUGUUCAGUGAUAUCAGUAACAGCAAUAUUGGUUUGCAAGGGAAAGAAAAUGGUACUGUCAGGAGCAACAAUGUGGAGCUGGACUUGAAUUUGGGGAUGGGAUUUGGCAGCAAUGGAAACCGGAGCUCUCCUCCAUCUAUGGUUGCUUAAUGUUAAUUUGGCUUCCAUAACUAUAACAGUGUCCCUUGUUGUUUUGGGUACAAAUUAGGGUAGCGUAAUAUCCGUCAUGGGUCUGAAUUUUGGCAAUGCAUGUGAUGUCCGCCAAGCUAGUUAUAGGCCGAAGCUUAUGUAGUAAUUAGUAAAAUACCUUGUAUUAAACUCAUCUGUGCGUUCGAUAAGGGAUUUUCAAACAUCAAGAACUGCUAAUUUAGGUUAAUUUGAUGUUUUAGGAAAA